GCUGGUUCCUGGGCUUCCGCACUUUUUGAGACAGAGAUUUCUGGCACACAUCUGGUCUUAGCUCUUGAGCACCCUAAGGGACUGGCAAGAAUUCUAACUCCUGGGGCCCAUCUGGAACUACCGAAGCCCCCGCCCCAGCUUGACGGCCCAGGACCUGCCUCUGCGACCCAUUCUCCGCGAACACCUGCCGCUGGCUGCCUCCGAGGGCCGUCGCGGCCGCGCCUGCAGCGCCACCUGCGGUCCGCGGAGGGAUGGCAGGAUUUUCAUAGUGUAUCUAAUAUGAGUCCCACAUCUUGGCGUCCUAUCCAUCUUCAGCAGUCUCAGCUCCACUGGCUGGAGAAUGAAUGGGAUUUGCACAAAUUACAAACGGAACUGAAAUACAGACUGCAGUGUUAAUAUCCUUUCCUUCUGGUUGCUAUUAACAGAAAAGUAAAUGUCGUCAGAAGACCGAGAAGCUCAGGAGGAUGAAUUGCUGGCACUGGCAAGUAUUUAUGAUGGAGAUGAAUUUAGAAAAGCAGAAUCUGUCCAAGGUGGAGAAACCAGGAUCUAUUUGGAUUUGCCACAAAAUUUCAAGAUAUUUGUAAGCGGCAAUUCAAAUGAGUGUCUCCAGAAUGGUGGCUUUGAAUACACCAUUUGCUUUCUGCCUCCACUUGUGCUGAACUUUGAACUGCCACCAGAUUAUCCAUCCUCCUCCCCACCUUCAUUCACACUUAGUGGCAAAUGGCUGUCACCAACUCAGCUCUCUGCUCUCUGCAAGCACUUAGACAACCUGUGGGAAGAGCACCGAGGCAGCGUGGUCCUCUUUGCCUGGAUGCAGUUUCUUAAAGAAGAGACCUUAGCGUAUCUGAAUAUUGUCUCUCCUUUUGAGCUCAAGAUGGGUUCUCAGAAAAAAGUGCAGAGGAGGACAGCUCCAGCCUCUCCCAGCACAGAGGUAGAUUUUGGAGGAGCCGUUGGAUCUGAUACAGACCAAGAGGAAGUAGUGGAUGAGAGAGCUGUACAGGAUGUGGAAUCAUUGUCAAGCCUAAUCCAGGAAAUCUUGGACUUCGAUCAAGCUCAGCAGAUGAAAUGUUUUAAUAGUAAAUUAUUUCUGUGCAAUAUCUGUUUCUGUGAGAAGCUGGGUGGUGAGUGCAUGUACUUCUUGGAGUGCAGGCAUGUGUACUGCAAAGCUUGCCUGAAGGACUACUUUGAAAUCCAGAUCAAAGAUGGCCAAGUUCAGUGUCUCAACUGCCCAGAACCAAAGUGCACUUCAGUGGCCACGCCUGGUCAGGUCAAAGAGCUUGUGGAAGCAGAGUUAUUUGCCCGGUAUGACCGCCUUCUCCUCCAGUCCACCUUGGACCUGAUGGCAGAUGUGGUGUACUGCCCCCGCCCAUGCUGCCAGCUGCCUGUCAUGCAGGAGCCUGGCUGCACCAUGGGCAUCUGCUCCAGCUGCAAUUUUGCCUUCUGUACCUUGUGCAGAUUGACCUACCAUGGGGUCUCUCCAUGUAAGGUAACUGCAGAAAAAUUAAUAGAUUUACGAAAUGAGUACCUGCAAGCAGAUGAGGCCAAUAAAAGGUUUUUGGAGCAGAGGUACGGGAAGCGGGUGAUUCAGAAGGCUCUGGAGGAGAUGGAGAGUAAGGAGUGGUUGGAAAAGAACUCCAAGAGCUGCCCAUGCUGUGGAACUCCCAUACAGAAAUUGGAUGGAUGUAACAAGAUGACGUGUACUGGCUGUAUGCAGUAUUUCUGUUGGAUUUGCAUGGGUUCACUUUCUAGAGCCAACCCUUACAAACAUUUCAAUGAUCCCGAUUCCCCAUGUUUUAAUAGGUUAUUCCAUGCGGUGGAUGUUAAUGGAGAUGUUUGGGAAGAUGUGAUUGAAGACUAGUUGACUCCUGCUCACAAUAUAGAAGUGGAAUUGUUUGUCCUAAUCUUUUCUCAAGUACACUAAGAAACUUCUCAGGAUUUUAGGAUACUGUGCAUUCACUCUUCCCGAGUAGAAGAUAAGGAAGAACAAGAUUUAUAUUUUCAUUUGAUGCUGUUGACUAAGGCAUCCAUGUUUCCAUGUAACAUAAACUGAUAAAAUUAGAAGCCAAAGGUUCAGAAAAUGAAAAUUACAGAUUAUUGAAUGUUAUAUAACAUGUCCAAAGCUCUAAAUAGUUAAAAAUAAGUAUUUAUUUUCUUCCCCAAGAUGUAGGUGUGGGUCAAGAGCUAAACAUAUAGACCUGCCUCCAAGAAGCAUCCCUCUCAGACAUUCGGUUGCAGCCCCUUCAGUACCACUUCAUACACCUGGGGUGGGUAGACGCCCCAUUAAAAUUGUACUGAGAACUUUA